AUGGCAAGCGAACAGCUUCAUUUGACCAAACUCCUUGAAACAAUUUGUCAUGUACUCAAUGUUUUCAAUUUUCCAAUGGGUUCAUCUAUCAUUCAACGAGCUGCUACAAAUCGUGAUAAUGAAUCGAAUAAUACUCAAUUACUCGCCAAUUUAAAACAAGAAUUGAUGCAACUGCCAUCGUUAACCAGUAUUGAUAUACAUGGUGAAAUGCGUUGUUUUAUAUUAUCACUUAUUGAAAGUAUAAAAGUAACGAAUGUAAUUGAUAAAAAGUUUAUUACACGUUCGAUUACUAAGAUUUAUCGUGGUUUCGAACCAUUUGCACGAAAUGAAGCUCAAUAUACAGCAUUGAUUGAAAUGGAAAUUGCGAAAGAGGAUGCGCUUGGUAUCGAACAACGUCAUCGGGUCGCACACAAACUAAAAGCACAACGAAACGAGUAUCCACAGUGGCAAAAGGAAGAAAACAAUGAAGAGUUACACAUGACACGUGUAUUACAAGCUGCUACCGACUGA